CAGCACCUUCUCUGAGUUUGCUUCACUAAGCAUUCGAUUGAGAUUCUGAGGAAAAGCGUCGAAACACAACACGCUUCUUUCAAAUCCAAUGGCAGCAAAGGAGGCUCAUGUGAUAUCUGAUAAGGAUGAAAUGAGGAAGUGGUCAAGGGCCAUGAGAGCCCAAGGCAAACGCAUUGGCCUCGUACCCACCAUGGGCUUCCUCCACCAAGGCCAUCUUUCUCUCAUCAAAGAAGCCCGCAACCACUCCAACGUUGUCGCUGUCUCUAUCUACGUCAACCCGGGACAGUUUUCCCCAUCCGAGGACCUUUCCUCGUACCCUUCUGAUUUUCACGGCGACAUAAAAAAACUCAUGUCGGUUCCGGGUGGAGUUGACGUUGUUUUUCACCCUCACAAUUUGUAUGAAUAUGGGAAUGUAGCCAAGAAUGAGGGUGACGGUGAUGAGGGUGGUGGAGUUGUGUCUUGUGUUGAGAAGAGUGGGUUGUUGAAGCAUGAAACAUGGGUGAGGGUUGAGAAGCUGGAAAAGGGUCUUUGUGGGAGUAGUAGGCCCAUUUUCUUUAGAGGGGUUGCUACCAUUGUGACCAAGUUGUUUAAUAUAGUGGACCCUGACGUUGCUGUCUUUGGGAAAAAGGAUUAUCAGCAGUGGCGAGUUAUUCAGAGAAUGGUUCGAGAUCUUGAUUUUUCCAUAAAAGUGAUAGGAGCUGAUAUAACACGUGACAAUGAUGGCCUUGCACUGAGUUCCCGUAAUGUGCACCUUUCAACCGAAGAGAGGGAAAAGGCACUAUCAAUUAACAAAUCAUUGUUAAGAGCUAAAUCAGCAGCAGAAGAUGGUCAGGUGCAUUGUGAGAAGUUGAGAAAUUUGGUCAUCCAAUGUAUUACUGAUGCUGGUGGAAGGAUUGAUUAUGCUGAGAUUGUUGAUCAAGAUAGUUUGGAGAAAGUGGAAAGGAUCGAGGGUCCUGUUGUCUUCUGUGUUGCUGCAUGGUUUGGGAAAGUCAGGCUUAUAGACAACAUGGAAAUCAACAUGUGAAUGGAUUUUUG